CCAGCCCUUCUCCUUUGUUGUGCUCUGCUUGGGGGCGGGAAGACCAACAGGUCCGCCGCUAUAAAGCCGUCACUCCGCCACUGCAGGGCGACAGGACGCCCCCAAGACCUCCAGGGACAACUUUUGGAAUUCACUUUGGACUUUUUUUUUUCUUUCCCUCACGGACCUCCAACAUCCCGACCAUGCAGCCCGUGCGUGUCGCGCAUUGCCUCCUGCCGCUCUGGCUCUCCCUGCUCGGAUGCGUUUCGGACCUUUACGCGGGGCCCAUUUCGCUCAACUCCAACGCCAUCAAAAACCUACCGGGCGGCAAAGGCUUGGAGGCGGUCAGCCCGAGUCCCCGCACGUCUGCACCCCCCGGCGUCGUGGGACACAAACACCCUGUGGACACUUUGCAGCAGUCCGGACUUUGCACGGACGACGAGGACUGCGGUGGGGAAGAAUUCUGCAACGACGCCCGCAGCGUGUGCCUGCCCUGCCGCAAGAACCGGAAGCGUUGCGCGCGGGACGCCAUGUGCUGCGCCGGAAGUCGCUGCAGCAACGGUGUCUGCCAGACUAACGACAUCGACGUAGAGGGCUGGCAUGUACUCAACAACACCAUGGAGCAUCACGCCAAAAGACCCCUGGUGGCACAGGAGCCCCAUUCUGUCAAAGGUCAAGAAGGAGAGACGUGCCUGCGCUCGGCCGACUGCGCCGAGGACCUGUGCUGCGCCCGACACUUCUGGUCUCGCAUCUGCAAGCCGGUGCUGACGGAGGGCCAGGCGUGCACGCGCCACCGCCGGAAGGGCACCCACGGCCUGGAGCUCUUCCAGCGCUGCGACUGCGGCGAGGGCCUGGCCUGCCGGCCCGAGAGAGGCGAGCGGGACCCACGCCGUCAGCAGGACGUCGUCCCGGAACCUACACACCUGUCAGAGACGCUGACGAGCGACAAGAAACGGGGUCACAAGACACUGAGCGGCAAUCCCCCCCCCCCCCCCUCCCAGCAUCCCUCCCCCCCGCCGAUGCUGCUGACGGCCUAAACGGCGUGCAGGAAGUGCACAUCCUGGCGAAAAGUGAUCCACCCCCCGCAAAUGGACUGAGGAAGUGGCCGGAUCAAUUUUGGAACGGCGGUUUUUGUUUCUGUUUUCAUGGAACUUGAGUUAUUGCAGUAAAUUACUGUAUU